CUGUCUCAGCGCAGUUUAUUUACUCUCACUCGUUUAUAUCUGUAACUCUGUAUUAAAUUAAUAAAAGGUGCUGAGACGCCGCGCAUGCGCAGUAGUGUCGGCCAGUACCUCAGGAGUGAGACAGGGGGAAUCUGGAGAAGGUGCAGCAUGUGGUGUUGGUUCUGUCGGGUAAAGGUGGAGUUGGGAAGAGCACCGUCACCACUGAGCUAGCCCUCGCUCUCCUACACUCAGGGAAGAAGGUGGGCGUGUUGGACGUGGACCUGUGUGGCCCGAGUAUCCCGCGCAUGCUAGGUGUGAGUAAGCAGGAGGUCCAUCAGUGUGACGCGGGUUGGGUCCCCGUGUGUGUGGACCGUCUGUCCCUCAUGUCCAUCUCCUUCCUGCUGGACGACCCCGACGACGCCAUUGUCUGGAGAGGACCCAAAAAGACCGCUCUGAUUGGUCAGUUUGUGAGUGAUGUGGCGUGGGGCGAGUUGGACGUGCUGCUGGUGGACACGCCCCCUGGGACGUCUGACGAGCACCUGGCCGUCCUGGAGGGACUGAAGAGACACAGAGUGGACGGAGCUGUCCUGGUGACCACACCGCAGGCGGUGUCUACAGGAGACGUGAGGAGAGAGAUCACCUUCUGUAAGAAGACAGGAGUGAAGAUCUUAGGCAUCGUGGAGAACAUGAGCGGAUUUGUGUGUCCUCACUGCACUGAGUGCACCAGUAUCUUCUCUAGAGGAGGAGGAGAGGAACUCGCCAAACUCACAGGAUCAAAGUACCUAGGCUCGGUGCCAUUGGACCCUCUCCUGAGUGCGAGUGUGGAGGAGGGUCGUGACUUCCUGCAGGCGUUUCCACACAGCGCCACCUACAGCUCCAUCAGGACCAUCGCAGACGCCGUGCUGAGCAGCCUGGAGCCCUGACACACCCAUCAUCAUCAUCAUCAUCAUCAUCACUGCAGUGACGGAGCAUCGUACAGCAGCAGGACUGUGUGUGUGUGUGUGUGUGUAUAAAGACAGGUUUAUAAUAAAGAGUUGAAGUGUG